AUUUUGGUCUGUUCAUAGCUUCUGCAGCGGCAAACUCCUCAACCUGUAGGCAGAAAGCAAAAACCAGACGAAAAACAAAAGAUAAAAAAGCCCGGUUAAAUGUCAAAUCAACCAAUGAUUUCCGGCGAGCCCGUGAAUCAGCAGACGAGAAAAAGGCCUCUGGUGGAGAUUGAUAAGCCGACGACGGUAAUGUGCACGGUGGUGGCAAUUGAUCACACAAAUCUGUGUUACAGAGUUUGCUCCGUCUGUGAAAAGACUCUACCUGAGAAUCCCGAAAUUGCUUGCAAAUACUGCACCUUUAGCAACAGCUUCAACCCUACCACUUCUAGUUCCAAGCGGCUCUUUCGUAUUCUUAUGUCGAUAGCUACAGAUACAAAGGUGUUUGUGGUGAUAAUGUUUGACAGGGCUGCCAGGGUGUUGUUUGGUUGCUCGGCAGACGAGUUCUUUGAUUUUGCAAAGACCCACCCUUAUUCUGCUAUGGCAGCAGGUGGGGCAUUGGAGGGGGAGAUGUUGGCAGUGACACUAUCAAAACCGAAAAAUGGUAAUGCACAGCACAUUCGAGUUGUAUCUGUUGUGCCCUUGAGUUCUAGUUUUCAACCGGCUAUUGCGACUUUAAGGGAAGUGUAUCGAGCAAGAGGAGCUUCAUCACAAACUCGCUAAUCACUUAAAAACAUUGAUCGGCAGUUUUAAUGGACGUCUGAAAGAUGUGAUGAUUCUUGUUUUUCCUUUUUUUUUUUUU